GCUGGCGGUAGCGGAGGAAAAGGGAAAGGAAGAGCGCCUAGUUUGGUCCAACAACUACAUAAACUGACCCGAAGACCAAGAGUCGAGGUGCUUCACGACACGUGUACCAUCGGCAGACUCUUUACGACGCACCCUUGGGGCCUGCUUUUGUCUAGUAUCCGACACUCCGGAGGUAUCUCGAUCGCCACGUACCUUGAGUAAUACAUUAUGUUUUUCAAUGAUACUCUCAAGAAACCCCAAAAGGUCUUGGGGAAGACCCAAGACACUCUUUGGCCUUCUCAUACACCGCAUCAUAUCAAAGUUUGGACAGAUGAGUUCUUCCAGCUCCUUGACGGUUACAGCCCAGAAGCAGCCCAGCAAUGGGCAGAACUAUAUACGUCAAACGGAGUGUUCGAGGCCUUUGGACAGACCUUCAAGGGGUUAGAGGCUAUCAAAGCGCACAUUCAUCGGUUCUGGGCUUUGUUUCCUGGCCUUGUGCACACCCCAAAGUCCGUUUACAUCAGUCGCGGCACCCAUGCUGGGUCUGAGAUGGACAUCGUUGCAAUCACGAAUUAUGCUAUCUCUUUCCCCAACGGCCAGUUUGUCACUGGGGAAUCGGUCGCCCUGCUGAACAUCGUGCAGGAGGGUAAUCGGCUUGCCAUUCGGUCGAAUAGGUUAUACUUGGAUCCGAACACCCUGAUGCAGGCAUUAGAGGCACAGUCUUUGAAAGGAGGCCAGAAGGAGGUCAACAGCACCCAUCAUGAGAAUGUGGCAGAGGAGACUUCUUUACACGUUGAGAAAGCCAGCUAAAUGCCAUUACUUUUUGUUUAGGUUCUUCUGAGCAUCUUGC